GAACACUUAGAUAAGAAAAACGAAAAACAGAUAAUCUCUUCUCUCUUUCUAAAGGUGGUAAAACAAAAAAAAGCGUAACGAGAGAAAUGGGAAUCUCAAGAUCUAAGGGAAACACACACAACAUCUUCCUACUCUGCAACUACAUCCUCUUAGGCUCCGCCUCAAGUUGCAUCUUCCUCACUAUCUCUCUCCGUCUCUUCCCUUCUCUCUCCGGCCUCUCUUUCAUCUUCCUCCACACUCUCACCAUCGCCACCGCUGUCACCGGCUGCUCUGUCUUCGCCUCCUCCACCGCCGCAACCACAAGCGACAGAUUAUACGGUGCACACAUGGUGGCCACAGUCCUCGCUGCCAUAUUUCAAGGCGCAGUCUCUGUUUUGAUAUUCACGAGAACAGGGGAUUUCCUAAGGGUUCUUAAGUCGUAUGUUCUGGAAGAGGACGGAGGGGUGAUACUUAAACUCGCUGGUGGUUUGUGCGUGGUGAUGUUUUGCUUAGAGUGGGUUGUUCUUGUGUUAGCGUUCUUGUUGAAGUACAGUGAUUAUUUGGACGAGAAUGUUGUAGAUGAUGAUGGUAAGUUUCAGAGGCAAGAAGAAGAUCUAAAGGAUUGGCCUUCUUACCCAUUCCAACUCAAGCUUUAAUUUCCCAUUUAAUUUCUAUCUUUGGUUGGAUAAAUUAUUUGGUUGGUUUAUUUGUGAGAUUGGCAAAAACUAUACAUCAUGUAUGGGUUUCGGAACUGUUAUUUUUGAUAAUUUUGUCAGAUUUAAAUAAGAUCAGUGUAUAUUUUGAAGUCAUGUAUUUUCUUGAAAACAAUCACUUCUCCGUUCUCUUCUGAACUUGUGAAUUAUCAAGGAUGAGAUUUAU